AUGACAUGGCGACAUCUUCAAACAGUGAACUUAGAGAACAACAAUUUCAUUGGGAUCUUAAACAUAUCCAUAGGAUCCUUUCCUUGGUUGGAAACAUUGAACCUUCGCAAUAAUAAUCUUUUUGGAAACUUUCCUACCUUUUUAAAGAACACGAGCAACUUAGUUUCCUUGGAUUUAGGAAUGAAUCAAUUUUCAGAAAGGAUUCCAUCAUGGGUUGGACAAAGGUUGUCAAAUUUGAGGAUUCUUGUUCUUAGAUCGAACAAAUUCUGUGGUCCAAUUCCACGUCAACUUUGUGGCAUGAGUGUUUUACAAAUUUUGGACCUUGCACAAAAUGAAUUGACAGGACAAAUACCAAAAUGUGUCAAGCAUUUGAGUGCUAUGUUGGUGAUUAAUAGUAGUUUAGAGUCAUCCAUUUCUUUUCCAGACAUGUAUGCCGAUUCACUAUUGAUAGUUGAAGAGCUAGUAUUGAAAGGAAGAGUUUAUGUUUACAGCACCAUCCUUGGUCUUAUCAUCAGCAUGGACUUUUCAUGUAAUGAAUUAUCUGGAGUGAUACUGACAGAAAUCACAGCACUUAAGGGACUCCAUUUUUUGAACCUUUCAAAUAACCUUUUUAUUGGCCAAAUUCCUCAAAACAUUGGCAAUAUGAAAUCAUUGGAGUCUAUGGAUUUUUCAAGAAAUCAUCUUUCAGGUGAAAUCCCGUCGAGCAUGUCUGAAUUAAGCUUUCUAAGCUUCCUAGAUUUGUCUUACAAUAAUUUGAAGGGGAAAAUUCCAACAGGGACCCAAUUGCAAAGCUUUGAAGCAUCAAAUUUUGCUGGCAAUGAUUUGUGUGGUCCUCCGCUCACCAUCAAUUGUACAUCAAACGGCUCUAAUGGCAAACACCAAGAAGUUGACCAUGUGAAUGGAAUUAAUUGGUUCUUUGUGAGCAUGGCAUUUGGAUUUAUUGUGGGAUUUUGGGCUGUGGUGGGUCCUUUGCCCUUUAGUAGGUCGUGGAGUGCAACCUUUGAGGCUCAGUGCAUUCCGAGUGAGCGAGAGGCCUUGCUUAAGCUGAAGCAUCAUCUCUCAGAUCCUUCAAACAAGCUUGCUUCUUGGUCUCCCUAUGGAAUUAAUUGUUGCAACUGGGAGUUCGUUGUUUGCAGCAACAUCACAGGCCACAUUCUUGAGCUUCACCUCACAACUCCUUCAGAGUUAUAUGAGACAUCAAAGUUUGGUGGUGAGUUACAUUCUUCUGUGCUUGAUUUGAAGCAUUUGAAUUACCUAGACUUGAGUGGUAAUGAUUUUGGUGAUAUGCAAAUUCCUGCUUUUCUUGGUUCAAUGGCUAGCUUGACAUAUCUUAACCUGUCUCAUGCUUGGUUUGUUGGAAGCAUCCCUCUUCAUUUAUGGAAUCUUUCCAAUUUGAUCUAUCUUGACCUGGGAGGCAAUUUUUUUGAAGGAAGUAUUCCUCAUCAAAUUGGAAGUCUCUUCAAUUUAAUCUAUCUUAACCUUGGAAAUAAUUAUGAUCCCAAUGGAAGCAUUCCUCAUCAAAUUGGAAAUCUCUCCAAUUUGCUCCAUCUUGGCCUUGGAUAUAAUGAUUUCAGCGGAAGCAUUCCUCAAGAAAUUAGAAACCUCUCGAAUCUAAACUAUCUUCAACUCCAAGGUUCUCUACAAUCUUCCAUGGAUAGAGAUGUAUUCUCAACAUCUAUUGAAAAUCUUCACUGGCUUUCUGCUCUAUCUUCUCUCCAAUAUCUCGAGCUCAUUCAGAUUGGUCUUUUCAAAAAUCUUAUUGAUCUUGGUCUUUAUUACAACUCCAUUCAAGGUCCUAUACAUGGCUCAUUAGGAAAUCUUGCAUCUCUAAAGUACCUUUAUCUAGGUAAUAAUGCCAUUAAAGGAGAACUUCCUAGCUCUUUAGGAAAUCUUACAUCCUUGAUGUAUCUUUCUCUUAGGGACAAUGCUAUUCAUGGUGCAUUUCCUAGCUGGUUGGGAAAUUUAACAUCAUUAGUGCUCCUUGAUCUCACAAACAAUCAAAUCGAUGGAAAUCCUUUUGAAAUUCUAGGAUCACUCUCUAAACUGAAUGACCUUCAUUUGGCACAAAAUCUCUUUCAAGGAGUUCUCAAAGAAACCCACCUUGUUAAUUUUACCCAAUUGCAAACAUUCUCAGCGUCAAAAAAUCAAUUCACUUUACAAGUAUGCCCUAAUUGGAGUCCUCCUUUUCAACUCUUACGGAGUUUACGUUUGGCCUCUUGGAAUUUAGGUCCCCACUUUCCUACAUGGAUUCAAUCACUAAACCAUCUUUAUAUUUUGGACAUCUCGGACACAAAGAUUUUUGAUUCUCCUCCAACUUCGUUUUGGGACACAAUAGGCAAUAAUGUUCCGUAUUUGAAUCUCUCUCACAAUCAAAUUGAAGGAGAGCUUUCGAAUAUGUGGAUAAACACAACUUGGCCCUUUGCUGUUUUUGAUCUAAGCUCAAAUAAAUUGCAUGGCCAAUUACCUUAUACACCACAAAAUCUAAUGUACAUAGACCUUUCAAGCAAUUGGUUUUCAGGAUCGAUUGCUCAUUUCUUGUUGAACUUAGAGAACAACUAUUUCACUGGGAUCUUAAACAUAUCCAUAGGAUCCUUCCCAUUUUUGGCAACGUUGAACCUUCGCAAUAAUAAUCUUUCUGGAAACUUUCCUACUUUUUUGAAGAACACGAGCAACUUUGUUUCCUUGGAUUUAGGAAUGAAUCAAUUUUCAGGAAGGAUUCCAUCAUGGGUUGGACAAAGGUCGCAUUUGGAUUUAUUAUGGGAUUUUGGGCUGUGGUGGGUCCUUUGCUCUUUAGUAGGUCGUGGAGGUAUGCUUAUUUCAAAUUCAUCAAUAACAUGUGGUACAAAUUGCAAUCUUGUUGGUACUGGUGAGAAAGCUAAGGCAAACUUGGACUUGGAAAGUUGGUGUCUUCAGAAGAUCAGCGGUCAACUCUGCUGCCUUCUGGUGCUUGAAGCUUCUUCACCACCUCUUCAUUAUUCUUUCCUUUUCUCUUGUAGCCUGCACUCUGAACUCUUAGCUAGACGUCGUGUCCUCCUCGGUGGUGGCCUUAGAAAGAAAGAGAUGAAGGAAGAUGAAAGUGCAACCUUUAAGGCUCAAUGCAUUCCAAGUGAGCGAGAGGCCUUACUUAAGCUAAAGCAUCAUCUCUCAGAUCCUUCAAACAGGCUUCCCUCUUGGUCUCCCUAUGGAAUUAAUUGUUGCAACUGGGAGUUCGUUGUUUGCAACAACAUCACAGGCCACAUUCUUGAGCUUCACCUCACAACUCCACCUCCUUUCCUGUAUGAGACAUCAAGAUUUGGUGGUGAGUUACAUUCUUCUGUGCUUGAUUUGAAGGAUUUGAAUUACCUAGACUUGAGUGGCAAUGAUUCUGGAUAG